GGGAUCUUUUCUGAUACCAAAUAGCGUGGAGCUUUUUGAGCUAGUAGUCUGAUGCCUAUUCGGGCAGCUGGUGUCUCGCCGCCCUGCACUCCACUUUUCUGCCGCGGAGAAACAUCGCAGAACUUCCUGUCGCAUGUCCUUGCUCUGUGUCGCAACAGCUUUGGACUGUCGAGUCUACUUUUGAUUUCCGUGAGGGCUCUACAAAAACAGUUUGUCGGACUAUAGAAUCCUUCAGUAUACCCUUUUUUCCAAAAACAAUCCAAUCUACGUGCCUUUCGACUAGAGUUGUCCAUUUCGUCAUCAGCGCGACGCGCUCAGAUCGUGCACCAUCAUGAGUGUGCUCCUCGAGACAUCGCUUGGCGACAUUGUGAUAGACCUCCUAGUUGAUGCUUCCCCGAAAGCAUGUGAGAACUUCCUGAAGCUCUGCAAAGUGAAAUACUAUAAUUUCUCGCCGGUACAUAGUGUCCAAAAGAAUUUUACCUUCCAAACAGGUGAUCCGAUCGGUCCUGGUUCCCCAGAGAGCGAUGGCGGAUCGUCGAUAUGGGGUCUAUUGGAAGGCCCUUCGAAGAAAACGUUCUCCGUGCCUCUGCCGCCGAAAUUGAAGCAUACUGAAAGGGGUACGGUGAGCAUGGCAACCGUUCCGUCUCCUACAGAUCCCGAUGAGCGUCUCGCAGCGAGCCAGUUCAUCGUUACGCUCGGUGAUAAUCUCGAUUACCUGGAUGGGAAAGCCGUGAUCUUUGGGAAGGUCGUUGAAGGAUUUGACGUCCUUGAGAAAAUCAAUGAAGCCUUUAUCGACGAUAAUGGACGACCUCUUAAAGACAUCCGUAUUCGCCAUACGGUGAUUCUGGAUGACCCUUACGAUGACCCCCCAGGCCUGGUCGAACCGCCUGAGAGCCCACCGCCUUCCAAGGCGCAGUUGGCGACCGUCAGGAUCGCUGACGACGAAGAACUGGACGAAAAUAUGGACGAGGAAUCAAUGGAGAAACUCCGUAGGGAACGUGAAGCUAGGGCUCAGGCCUUGACACUGGAAAUGGUUGGAGAUCUCCCAUUUGCCGAAGUAAAGCCGCCUGAAAACGUGUUGUUUGUAUGCAAGCUUAACCCCGUGACCCAAGACGAAGAUCUCCAUCUCAUUUUCAGCCGGUUCGGGCCAAUUUUGUCGUGUGAGGUUAUACGGGAUAAGCGAACGGGUGACAGCUUGCAAUAUGCCUUUAUCGAGUUUGAAAACCAGAAGGACUGCGAACAAGCCUAUUUCAAAAUGCAAGGGGUGCUGAUUGAUGAUCACCGUAUCCACGUGGAUUUCUCUCAGAGUGUUUCGAAACUAUCCGAAAGCUGGCGCAAUGCCACCAAUUCAAAACGCGCAGGCCAGAGAGGAGGCUUCGGCGGUAUAUCGGGCUUGGAGAAGAAACGCCAGUAUAGGGUUUCCGAUGAGCAUCGCCGUAAAGACGACUAUGGCAUGGUUUUCGACAGGGAGGAGAUGCGGCGCAGACCUGACGAGCGUGAGUCGUAUAAGCCCCCUCGACGCGACAGAUCUCGCAGCCGGAGUCCCAGGAGGAGAGAAGGCUAUAAUGAUAGACCUCGUGAACGACGGCAUGACGAUUAUCGCCGCAACGAGCGUAGCAAUCGCGACUCGAGGGAUGACCGAUACUACGACCGGCGACGGCGAUGAGAUACUAUGUUUGUUUUGUAUUAUACCUGCUGUUCCUGAGUUCACAUCUAUAUUAUCCUUUGAAUGCAUUUGGCGGCAGGCGUCGUCGGUAUGGGAGGUUUAUUUCGAAUAUUUCGCGCCAGCUCUUGGUGAGAGAGGCUAUUCCCAGCAGUCUUCUAGAAUCCGUUAAAAAGAACUAUAAUCCAUAUAACUACUUGCUAGU